AUGUGGAGUGUGGGAGUAUUCCUUUUCACUCAGAUAGUUGUUUGUCAAUUCACUACAGAAAACACAACAACAACAGAAGAAGACCACACAGUUACACCUUUCUACGCACUAAGCACAGGGGUUGUACCUGCGCCCGUGAUGCUUCGUCUGGGCAACUCUACUAUCGAUAGUACUAAAUCAUUUAAAGUUCCGCAACCAUCAAAAGAACCUGAUUCAGGAACCCGAGCUGCUCCUAAUGUAAACCUAGAUAUGGUACCACACGUUGUAGCAGUUAAAAAUAUAUACUUUGACCACGACAGAAAAUAUGGACCGACUUUCGAAGAUACUCCAGAUGGCAACCUAACUAAAAUAACGAUACAACUAGGUGAAGACGCGCACCUAAAUUGUAGAAUUAGCCUCCUUCAAGACAAAACGGUAUCUUGGGUACGACGAAGAGGUCGAGAGGAUAUUCCAGAACUUCUCACAGUAGGAGCAGUCACUUAUGCAGCAGAUAACAGGGUAUCAGUUGGUAAAAGAUACCCAGGAAAUUGGAGACUACUUAUCAGGGAAGUUAAACCUGAUGAUGAAGGGGUUUACGAAUGCCAGAUAUCGACACAUCCUCCUAGAGUGAGCAGAACUUAUCUGCACGUGAAUACACCACAAGUGUGGGUGGUCGAUGAAGCUGGUGGUCCUCUUCAGGAAAAAUAUUAUGAAGCGGAGUCAACACUUGCACUAGUCUGUAGAGCUCGCCAUGUAGACACUCCCGCAGUACUCACUUGGCUCCACGAGGGCAGAGCACUCAAUGCUGACACGACGAGAGGUGGAAUUAGUGUUAAAACAGAGCAAGUACCGGGUGGUGCUGACAGCGUGCUGAGGUUAGCACGCGUUAACAGCAGUGACGCGGGCAACUAUACCUGCGCGGUGCGAGGAGCAAAGCCUCACACAGUAUCGGUUCAUGUAUUAAACGAGAGCCUAGCGGAACUGCAUGCUGGAGCAUCUUCGUCUUAUGCAUCAUUGAAAACUAUCACGGUUUUAUUCGUGGUCACGUUUUUCACUUCGCAAUAUACUUUUUUACGUGGUACAAUCUCAUUGGCGGUGUUAGCCCUUAGUUUUAAGCUUACAGUCGAAGUAACUGAACGACAAAACGUAAUACUGUUGCCUACG